CUGGCUCCAGCCCCCCUGCUGUAGGUACUUAUAGACACCUCCCACCAGACCAGGUUGCCAAAAGCCCCAUCCAGCAUGGAAAUCUGAGUGAUAUUUAAGGGUAACACAUCCAAAAGGACAGCUUUGGCAUGUUGGUCCUAGUGCCUACACAGCUGCCAAAACAGACCAAGCCCAAGAGGCACGCUGGGACUUCUGUCAGUUGUGAGGACGGUUGCUGCAGGUUGUGCCCUGGCCCAGCAGGCAGCGUAGGGCUGUGCACAACCACCAUGGGCACGGGUCUGGCACUGCUUGGCUAUCAGACACCAUUGGGUUCUUCUAAAAAGGUGUUAAGAUGGUUUGCUCUGAACCUAUGCUGGAUGAAACCAUGACUGUAUCCAGAAUCUGGGCUACGAGUUUAUGACCAGCUGUUUCCCAUCUUGCUUAAGCUGCAGAAUCAAGUUGGUGUUUUGUUUUGUUUUGUUGAUUUUAGCUUGUUGGAGCUGCUUUUAUCAUUGCUGAAAUUUGUUGGGUUAACCUCCACACACGCAAAAUCAUUACCUUCUGUGAUUUGCCAGAGAGGUGAAUAAGAUGGAAGUACCCCCAUAUGUCUGUGCAUAACCACAGGCCCUUGCACUGUCAGGAUCAUACAAAAAAAACCCAGAACUUUAAGAAAUUGCGUGUUUUCUGGAAAUUUUGGAGAACGUUCUGUCCAAAAGCAUUCUGGUUGUGAGAUUUCAGUCUUACUGCAUCUUUGUCUCCAUGUGCCUUUCCUGGAAAUGGUCAUGUGAGAACACAUCUCAUUUUCUGCAGGAGAAUUUGUUGUGAACAACUGCCUUUGCCACUGUUCCACACCAGGGAGAACUGUCUGUAUGUUAUUGUUUGAGGAUUAUUUGGCUCUAUGUGUUCGGGUCUGGAAGUACAGUGCCUGAAUGAGCCAGUUGUGUUAGCAACAUAUUUAUAGGUUAGAUGCAUGAUCAGCAUUUUCUAGUGCAGCAGACAUUUACCUUUCCUGUACUAACUGCAGAUAAACACAGGUACUCAUCCAAGACUGCAGAAAUGCUAUUUGCAUACUCAUUUUUAUCCUCCCCUGCUAAUGGCAAUGGAAUUGUGGUUUUGUGCUGUUGGGGCUAACGGGCAUUCCUGCCUUUGGCCGUGUUUUGAGAAUUUUAAGAGGCUAUUAGACAAAUUGAUAGAAUUAAUUAAAUGCAUGCUCUUCUUGUUACAGAAACCCUGGAGAUUUUUAAAUAAUCUUCUCUGGAGUUGUAUCUUUAGCCUUCGAGGCUUCGCAAAUUGCUGGAACAGAACAAAGUUGGCUGGCUAUUUUCUCCAGAAUCUGACAAAAAUCCUAGAGAACACGAUGUUCCAGUAAUCAUCUCUUCUUUUCAAGUGUCUGUUCAUGUUUUUAAUCUCUCUUCCCUUUCCCUUUGUCAGAAGACAGCAUAUCCUAGUUAAGAAAAAACACAAAACCAAAAAAUAAAGAGAAAACCUACAGCAGCAUUGUUCCUCCCCGUAUCUUUCAUUUCACUUCGUUUCUGUGCUGAAUCACGGUGUUCUGAUACAGCCUUCUUUGUGGUGUAAUUGUUUUCUGAAAUCCAUUUUCUUUGGGCUCCUCUUGGCUUCUGUCUGAAGCUGUUGCUGCUAUAAUGAAUGUAGUCAUAAAUCUGUCAGAGGUAACAAGCUAAAUGCAGAGCUCGGUGCAGCAGGGAAGGGUAUCUGCAGCUCGGGAAGCACAUCGAGGUGCUGCAGUUAUGGAGCAGGCAGAAAAGGUUCCCUGCUGACAGACGAACAGAAGAGGGCACCUAAUUUUUGGUUCUCUCAUAAAUCCACUGCCACUCCCUUGUUCUGGUUUCUGCAGGGAUGCUGUGUGACAAUAUAGGCAUGGGUGGAAAAUGGAAGUAUGUGGCUGAGGUCCGGGGUUAGGUGUCUGGCAGGAAAGCACCAUGUGGCACUGCCAGCUGUGCUGAGGAACACCGACCUGCUCCCCCUGGUGUGGUGCCCAAGGCAACGGUCCCAAAACAGCUGGGGAACUGUGUGUGUGCCUCGGGCCUGAGCAAGCCCGGGACUCCCAGUGCUGGGCAGCUUGGCAGGACUGAGGGCAUCGUGAUGUUCUCUUUUGAAUCAGUGUCAAUAAGACUGGCAAAGACCACUAAGAUCAUCUCAUCCAGCCAAGAGCCCGCACCCCCCAUGCCCACUAUCCAUGUCCCUCAGUGCCACAUCUGCCCCACCAUUUUCUUGAACUCCUCCAGGGACGGUGACUCCACCACCUCUCUGGGCAGCCUGUGCCAAUACCUCAGCACUCUUUCUGAGAAGGAAUUUCUCCUAAUGUCCAACUGAAGUCUACCCUGGAGCAACUUAGAACCAUUACCACUCGUCCUAUCACCGGUUAAGUAAGAGCAGAGGCCGACCCCCACCUCCCCACAACCUCCAUUCAGGGAGCUGUGCUUUAAGGUCUCCCCCGAGCCUCCUCUGCUGCAGACUGACCCAUCCCAGCUCCCAGGCCGCUCCCCAUCACACUCGUGCUCCAGAGCCCUCACAGCUCCGCUGCCCAUCGCUGGACACUCUCCAGGGCCUCCACGUCUGUACUGCAGUGAGGGCCCAACACAGCAUUCGAUGUUAAGUAAGAGAAAAGGGAAGCAAGGAGACGGAGAAAAGCAACGGGGAGACAAAGAUGACGGACAAGGAACAAGGAGGUGGAGAGAAACCAUUGUUGAGAAAGGUGCAGUUCCCUGAAAGCUGCAGCAUUCCCCGGUGUGAUGGGUGAGGGCUGGGCAGUGCGGGAGCACCGCGUCUCUGUCAAGCACUUGCUGCGUGCAGAGCAGCCAGAAACAUUCAGAGGCAUUCGCUGGUUUUUCAAAUGUCAUUUACAUUAGCAUCCUAUAAUUGAAUCAGUAACACUUUACUGAAAAGGUUAAAUUCUGCCUUUUAAAAAUUAAAUCAGCUGUUUAGCUGUCAGCCACAGCCGUGCCCUCCCGUUGCCUCUGGAAGAAUUGGCAUAUUGACAUAUAAAUCGUCUUGCUGGAGAAUGCAUUAUCUCUCUUAUUUAUGACUACGUUGUGCCACAAAAUGCUACUGCUUGUAAUUGAGGGCUCUCUGCUGAAUUCGUUGCAUGUAAAAUCUGUGGAAAUAAUUAAUUCCAUAAUUAAAAUACUUCUUAUGGUAUAGAUUUGAAGAAUCCCUAGCUGCUGUACAUCACUCAAAUGCUGAGUUCUGUGAAAGUUUGAAUGAAAGCAUAACCAACUUUUUUGCAUAGAGAAUAUUUUUAAUUGAUACAGUUGGAAAAAGCAUUCCAGUUAGCUGGGGUCAAGGCUGGUUUUAGGUGACUGAUGGAAGCUCCCAAUCACAAAGAAAUCAGCAGCAUCACACUCACCAAGCAAUUCCUAUCUUGCCAUCAGUGGUGUAGCAAAACCUUUAACAUUAAAGCUGUACUGAAGCAUUCAUAUGAGCUGUUGACUUCAGGGCAUAAUUCUUACUAAUCCUAUAUUCCUUUAAGAGAUAUCCUUAAGGUAACAUGAUGUUUUACAGCUACCUGAUAAAUAAUCAUUUUCUUUACUCAAAGUGUUGCAGUUGUAGAUAGCACCUGAGGUCAAACAGCUCUGCAAAACAAAGAGUUAAAAAACAUUCUCUCUCCCAUUCCCUGUUCAGUAAAAAAUUGUGCCAUAGCAUUGCAGGAAAGAUAAAGCAGCACUUCAGCUUUUGGGUGCGUGUCUGAGCAGUCCACUGUCUCGUUAAGGCUGUUGUACUCCAUUGCCCUUUCUGUAAUCCAGGCAACAACCUUAAAUAUGGUGAUAUUUGAAAAGUCUAAAAUAUAGCUUGCCCGUAAAAUGCUCCGUGUGUUGUUUGGGACACUCUGCAAGGAAAGAACAAAUCUCUUCCCUCUUUGUAGGAUGGAUGCAACGAUGGAUGUGCAUUUCUUGGUGGCAAUACUGAGCAUCACCUGCCAUAGGCAGCACGGGAAAGGAUGCUGGCAGUACUACAGGUGUCCUCUCUUCACCUGUCUGGAGAGUUCAGGAGUCCUUCUCACCAAGUGCUGCAGGAGAGGAUUUUCAGGAGGCAAUAAAUAAAUUUUGAUCUGGCUAAUACAGUUAAGGUCAAAGAGAUUCUAUCUGGAGCUAUUUAAAAUACUCUUAGCAUGCAGACACACUGCUGUCAGUAGUGCUAAGUGCCUUACCUUGCUGAGGAGUGUAUACAACCCUUAUGAAACUAUUCUUAAGUAUUCUGGUUACUAUAUUUAGCACUGGCUCAUAACAAGACAAAAAGCACUUAGCUAAAUGUAGUCCUGAAGUGCUUAAUCCGGCUAAGAAUAUUUUGUCCUUAGGUGUCUCGGGCUGAGACUUUUUAUAGCUCCCCAUCCUGCUGCAUCAUGCAAAAAACUUCUCCAUGCAUUUGAGCCUGCGACUUCUUUUAUGGCCAUUUAUUUUGUCUAAGCUUGGUCUGGGACCGACCGGGGACAUCGCUCACCCAGGAGAGAUGCAGGGCAGGCUCAUCACCCCUCACCUUCGUUGGCCACGCUCAGUGGGAUGCAGUAGCUCUGCUGGAGACCAGGGAACUGGAGCCCUGCUCCUCAUUUAGGCUUGGUGACACUAGCUGGAUCCUGUCUGGUUCCUGGCAGCUUCCAGUUGUCAGACGGCCAAUGGGUAAGACAGUGGAGAGGUUUUUGUGCAAAGCUUUGUGCUUGAAACCCAGAAUGAAUCCUUUUGUUUGACUCAAUUUUUGCAGUGAGGGUGGUGAGACACUGGAACAGGUUGCACAGAAGAGAGACUGUGGAUGCCCCCUCCCUGGAAGCAUUUGAGGCCAGUCUGGAUGGUGCUGUGAGCAACCUGGUCUAGAGGGUCCCUGUCUAUAGUAUCGGGGUGGAACUAGAUGAUCUUAAACGUCCCUUCCAACCCAAACCAUUCUAUGAUUCUGUGCUUUGGCCUGUGUAUGAAAAAUGUUUUCUGAAAAAUUGUAAUAAACCCGUUAGUGUAGAUCCAAGUAUUUUUUUUAAAACACAACUCAUUGUUUUAAAACAAUGCUCUAUAUGUUAGAACUUAGUAAGAAUUAGAAAAUCUUCAAUGUGGGUCAUCCUUCUGGAGAAGAAACAAUGAUAUAAUCUUGAAAAAAUAGCACUGACCAUGAGAAGCAGCAGCCAAGAUAAGAAUUUCAAUUGUAAUGUAGGUCAAUAGGAUAGCAAAUAAGAUCACAUGUUCCUUUUGGACUGGGAUAGGAGCUUGUAAUUUGACCGGCAUAGGGCUGCCAUGAGACAAGGCAGAGUAGGGCUGCUGUACCUGAGCUCAUUACGUGGGUGUUGUUCUCAGCUGCUCACCAAGGAUACCAGUCGUUGUGUAAGGUUUUCCCUGGAAGUUUGUGUUCCGAACUGAAAACGACGACUUGGUGUCGGCUGCACGGUUUCCUGUAUCUCUUAUGGCUGAAACACUUGAAAUGUUUAUGCAUUACUCUCAUACUAAUGCUAUGUCAGGAGCUUCAUUUUCCCUUCUAGGUAACGUCUGCACUGUGCUGGAUAAGACCCUGGCACACAGUUUUCUUGAGCCAAGCAGACAGACUGACAUCAUUCCACUAAGCUGCAGUGAGCAGGAGUUUGGCCCAUUGUUCCAAGCUCCCCUACAAAGCCCUGUCCCCAUACCACAAGACAGGCUCCUGGUGGUAGCAGUGGGUCACACACAGUGAGUUCUACCUCUGCCCUCUCCAGUGCCUGUCAUGUGCAUUGCACAGUGGUUCUUCAGGGUCUUCCUGGGCUCCUUUCCCUUUGAGGUGCUCUCUUGUCUUUGAGAAGGAAGGAAGCUAUUGCUUCUCCUUUGGGUUAUCAGAAAUGUAGGUGUGUUUGCUUGGUCACUGUGGCUACAAGUACUGGUGGUGUCAGCAUUUUGCAGUGCCUUGAGCAGUCUAAAGGUAACAGAAGUGGUGAUUAAGCUGUGACUCAAAGCAGGGCUUCAGGGGCAUAAAAAGUUCCAAAUUUAACAUUUGGAAGCACAGCGUUUGGCUCUGGUUGCUGAUGCUGCUGUCAGGUAUGGCACCUCAGUUCCUCCAGCAGCAGCUGGGCCCUGUGACGUUUCGGACAGCAGAGAUGCUGACAGCAGAUGCAGACAAACCAGCAGCUCCAGGUCUGGUCCCAGCACCAGGUCCCAGAGUGCUCACAGUCGCACCUGUGCACGAUUCUCAUCUGCGCUGUCAUACUUCUUCAGCCUGCAGUCAUUGCUGCUCUUUAGGCUAUGUCUUGUUUGCAACUCUGUUUUAACUGGAUUUGCUUUUCCUUCCAGGAUUAAUUUUUCUCUGUCUCUAUUUACAUGGUGAUAAGAAGUGCUAAUCCCACUCCGUCAGUCUGGACUGAUGAAUCUGAGGAGUAGAGCAGAGCCCUGCGUUGUGUAAACGAACUGAUGGAUGAAGAUGAGAAGGACAGGGCAAAGAGGGCAUCACGCAACAAAUCUGAAAAGAAGAGGAGAGACCAGUUCAAUGUCCUCAUUAAAGAGCUCUGCACAAUGCUGCAGGGACACGGCCACCCUCUCAAGAUGGACAAAUCCACCAUACUGCAGAGGACCAUCGACUUCUUACAGAAACAGAAAGAAAUCACAGCACAGACAGAAGCCUGUGAGAUUAGACAAGACUGGAAGCCUUCAUUUCUUAGCAACGAGGAGUUCACCCAGUUGAUGUUAGAGGCAUUAGAUGGCUUCCUCAUCGCUCUGACCACCGAUGGGAUUAUUAUUUAUGUAUCUGAUAGUGUCUCAUCUCUGCUCGGGCACUUACCGUCAGAUUUGGUGGACCAAAAUAUAUUAAACUUUCUGCCUGAGCGGGAGCAGAGCGAGGUGUACAAGCUCCUUUCUCCACACGUGCUCAUGACAGAGCCCGUUGCAGCUGAUUUUCUAAACGUGGAAAAGCAAAUAGAGUUUUGCUGCCAUUUAGCAAGAGGCAGCUUAGAUCCAAAUGAACCUCUGACAUAUGAAUAUGUGAAAUUUGUAGUGGAUUUUAAAUAUUUUACUCAUGUGCCUACACCCUCCUGUAAUGGCUUUGAGUCAGCUAUUGCACGAGCUUUCAGGUCAGCCACAGAGGAGCAGAUUUGCCUCGUAGCCACAGUUCGUCUCGUCACACCACAGUUCUUAAAGGAGCUCUGCAAUGUUGAAGAGCCAUGUGAAGAAUUUACAUCAAGGCAUAGUUUGGAGUGGAAGUUUUUAUUCUUGGACCACAGGGCUCCUCCUAUUAUAGGAUACUUACCCUUUGAGGUGCUGGGAACGUCAGGGUAUGACUACUACCACGCAGAUGACCUGGAGCUUCUCGCUAGGUGCCAUGAACACUUGAUGCAAUUUGGAAAAGGCAAGUCAUGUUACUACCGAUUCCUGACCAAGGGCCAGCAGUGGAUCUGGCUGCAGACACACUACUACAUCACCUACCACCAAUGGAAUUCCAAGCCUGAGUUCAUCGUGUGCACUCACCUGGUAGUUAGUUAUGCAGAAGUCCGAGCUGAAAAAAGGCGAGAUCUUGGCCUUGAAGAGUCAUCAAUUGAACUGGCAUCCUCUUCUAUAAAGAGCCACGGCAGCUACCUAGAGGUGGGCCACUGUGGCAGCAGCCAAGAUGCCAGCCGGGAGGGAAUGUCGCUGUCGUCGCACAGCUCCCGCCGCUCCUCUCACACCGCGCUCUCCGACUCUGCCUCCACCUCGUCCAUGCGGCACACCGACACCAGCACUUCCACCAGGCCGGCGGUGCCAGAGAAGGCAGCCCUGCGGCUGGCGGUGGCUGGAAGCGCUCAGGCCAUAGCAACGCCUCCAGCCACGGGCGAACACCUCCCUCAGCAGCCGGCGGUCCCCUCCCAGCAGGCCGUGAUGCCCGUGUACCACUUCCCAGCCCCGCUGGGCAUGAUGCACCAGCUGAAGGAGCAGCUGGAGGAGAGGACACGCAUUCUGCAAGCGGACAUCAAAACGCAGCAGGAGGAGCUGCACGUCAUCAAGGAGCAGCUCCAGCUGGUGCAGGACUCCAACCUGCAGAUGCUGAUGCAGCAGCCGAUCCCACUGGUCCUCAACAACGCACAGCGUCAGAGCCCACGGAGAGCCCCGCCGCCAUCCCGGCAGCCCAGCACCAAGAAGGCCCCACAGCCGGGCCCCAUGGCCAAGCACUACGGGGGUCCCCCUGUGUCCACCCCGCGCCUGUUCCUCAGGGAGCCCUGCAGCACUCCCUCCCAGGUACCACAGCAGCAGCAGCACCUAAUGCGAGGAAACCAGGCCCAGCCAACAUGUCUGCCAGGGCAGACGAGCAUUUCAGUGCCCCUCUACAACAACCCCACAAUGUUUUCACAAGCACAUCCCAUUACAGUGGCUGCACAGCUGCCAACUGAUGUUGGUGAAAGGCAGAUGCAGUCUGACUACAGCCAGGACAGGAGCCUCAGGAUGCUGCUGGACCAGUCCAUCCAGGCCAUGGUGCCCGCCGCCAAUGGCAGCGCCCAGCCCACGCCGAGCAGCGCCAGCAGGCAGCCAGGGAAAUUCGUGGCAGAGCAGCAGCCCUUGCCUCCCGCCACGCAGAUGCAGCCCAUCAGCGGCAGCACGGUGCGGCCCCCCGCCCCCUCGCCUGUGUUCUCCCCAUCCGUGAUGCUCCCCCAUGGCAGCUUCGUGGCCCACCCUGGCAGCACCCCGCUGCACCUCCACCCCUGGCCACAGCAGCAGGUUCAGCAGCACCGUCUCUACCUUCAGAUGCAAGGAGCUGAGGCCGUGCCGGGAGGCCCCAGCCCACGUGUGUUCCAGCCACCCCACCUCCCGCAGCAGAGCCCCCUCAGCUACUUCCUGCACCCGCAGCCGCAGGGCCGCCACGCACAGGGCCAGCCCUGCAACCUGCCUGACCUGUCUGAGAUGCAGCUGCCCUGACCGACUGCCGCUCACACCGGCGAGACCCCACCUCACAGAGUGGGAUUGCCGUGGGGCCCAGCUGGGGUCUCCCGUUGGCAUCACCGCUCAAAAGAGCCCGUGGGCUGCGAGUCUCAGCCAGGCCUGUCCCAGAGGGAGCGCACCGUGGAGCUGAGGAAGAGGAGGAUGCUCACCUGGGGCUCCCGCCCACCGGAGCUGCAGACUUGGUCAGAAAGGUGUGCUUGGGGCCGGGGCCGGGAUGCUGCUGCCGGUCGCCGAGCCGUGCCAGUGCUGGCUGCAGAUCUUUGACCGGGAGGGGACAGCCGCCCGGCUGCGUGCAGGUUGGCUGAGGUCCCCGUGGGGAUGGCGGCACUGCAGACGAGCCCUGUCCCAUCAGGGCCGCGGUGCUGGAAGUCACUGUGAUGCUGAUCCCAGCGCCUGCAGCACUGCAGGGCUCCCGUGUGUACAUAGCUCGUCUCGCUCUCGUAGGUCCGUCGUGGAGUUUUUCCUUAUUUCUAUACCUCAACCCCACCAUUUUGUUUUCCAGGAGAUUGGAUAAUGCUGCUAACUUAUGUAACACCACUUUUGCCUGAAUUUCUUACUGUUGUUAAACCAGCUCACAUCACAACCAGUAAGAUAUUCCUCAUCUUUUAUUUUGGUUAACAAGUGCAGAGAAAUUUAUAUGGUUUUUACUCCCUGUAGCCAAAUAUUUUUCAGGUUACCUACAAAGAACCUUUACUCUUUCUCCUCUGUCAUUCUGUUCUGAUCCAGGUGGAUGUUGUUGUAUAUGUUUCUUAACAUGAAAACAAACCAACACAGUAGAACACCAUAUGACAGCAAACUUUGUGGUUUUGCUCGGUCAGAUUUCAGACUGACAAACCCAUCACAGUGACACAGGCGAUGUUACAAGCCCAUAGGGUCAGCAAUAAAUUGUAUUUUUGUAAAUUGCCACUUUUUAAGUAUAUGUUUAUAUUUAUGAAUUGAAAACUAGUCUGCUCCUCAGUGGGUGUAUAGCUGUGUCCCUCCUGUUUGUGUCAUUCCAAAGGGAAAAGGAACACCUACAUUUCUGAGGCGCUGGGGGCUGAGCACUAACCGUGGGCACUGCUGGAGCCCAAACACAGAUGAAGGUGUAGGCCGUUGCUUUCAGCUUUGCAGGAAGGUGGGGAGGAAAACGUGCACACGCAGAGGCACACACACCAAGGAUACACUAUUGUACGCAGUUUAUGUCUCAGUGUUGCUGCUGGGAGAAGGCUGCAGCACGGUGGCUGUCCUGCACGUCCCCCCCAGCAUGCCAGCCCUGUGUGGCUGCACUCCUGUGAGCAGUGCUUGGCACGGAGGGAAUUCACUGCCUUGCAAGGAGAGGGGCUGGGGGUGGGGGGUGUGCAGGAUGGGGCCGUGCCCUUCCACAGCCCUCCUGAUGGCACUGGGCUGCAUGGUGAUGGGGAGGGCUGUGGGGGGGCACGGCUGUCCAUCGCUCACAGCAGGGAGCAGGGGAGGUUUGCAAGGAUGUUUACGGGUGAGAUUGGCCUUGCUGAAACAAGCAACCUAAAACAUGCACUUUAUCACACCCCCCCUUUCUUUCCAGCACCCACCCCAGCCGUUGGCACAGCCGCUCGUGGGCCUGAUGCCACCUGGGCAGAGCUGUGUGUGCCGUGGGCCAAAAUCCCAGAGCCUCUGCUCAGCCUGCAUCCAACCGGGCAUGGCAGGCUCAGGGCCAUGGGAUUUUUGCCUUAGUUAUCAGUCACACUCAAA